UCGAAUAAAGCAAAAAAACUGAUAAAAAAAUAUUACCUAUGCAAGUAUAACGAAAGUGCAUACAACUUAUUUUUAUUUAAAAUAAUUUUAUUCUAACUAUAUGAGGCGUAAUUAUAUGCUUGCGAUGUAAACAACUUGCUGUGUAUACUAACGCAUUCAUGGACGAAAUGUUCUAAAAACAACACCUAAACAAGUCACCUAAUUUAGGAGCUGCACAAAAAAGUAAACAGAAGUGAUGACACUUCUGAAAACUAAAUAUAUACUGUAUUGUUUGGAUGUGAAGUGAUCGAUUGUACCAGCGUACGACCAGUGAGACAAGGUCUGUCUGAACUUUGUAACACUGACGUUUUCCUGGGCAUAUGCCUCGUAACGAAGUGCUGAAAAGCUCUUGUUACAAUGGUGUUGUAAUUAAAGGUAACCGGUGGAUAGCGGACUUGAGGCAGUUGCGACGAGACAGCGGCGGUGUCAUUACACAUUAAUUAGUUGAAAUUGAUACGCGUUAAUAUAAAACGAUUUAUCGCCCGUUUAAUUGUUACACACGUUAUUAAUGAAAUUGAAAAUACGAUAGCAAUGGACGUUCGUCUUAUAGGCAAUUGUGAAAAUGAGAGUGAUUUAAAAAAACCCAUUUUACAAUCAACAGAAUGGCCGAAAUCGACAGGCACAAUAGAGAAUGGGGACAACAAGAUUGGCAAACCAUCGGAAGAGGAGGAGCAGCAUCCAAAACAACUCGCAGCGGAUCAAUUACAUCCCACCCCAGAGCUGUACACAUACGGCGGUAUUAAAUUAGGAUGGAUACAGGGUGUACUUAUACCAUGCCUCUUAAACAUCUGGGGUGUAAUGCUGUUUCUGCGCAUCGCGUGGGUGGUGGCGCAGGCUGGUAUCGGCUUGUCUCUUGUCAUCAUAACCCUUUCAGGAGUGGUGUUCCUCAUCACUACACUGUCCUUGAGUGCUAUUUGUACUAACGGACAAUUACAAGGAGGCGGUGUUUAUUACCUAGUUUCAAGAUCUUUAGGAGCUGAACUGGGUGCGUCAGUUGGCAUAAUAUUUGCAUUCGCCAAUGCUGUGGCAGCGAGCAUGAACACAAUAGGUUUCUGCGAAUCCCUUAACGAACUGCUCAAGUCGCACGGUGUCAAAAUUAUUGAUAACAAUGUCAAUGAUAUUAGAAUUGUGGGAGCCAUCGCCCUGUUCGUAAUGUGUAUUAUUUGCGCCGUGGGUAUGGACUGGGAAACAAAGGCACAAAAUUUUCUCAUAACAGUAAUAGUAUUAGCUAUAUUUAAUUAUAUCAUAGGAGCAUUUCUGGGCCCUUUAGAUGAUGAGACCAAAGCUGAAGGAUUCUUUGGUAUAAGCUUAGAAAUGGGAACAGCGAACUGGGCUCCAGAUUUUCGAUACAGUGAAGGGCAAAAGCAUAACUUUUUCAGUGUUUUCGCUGUUUAUUUUCCCGCCGUGACCGGAGUGCAAGCGGGAGCAAACAUUUGUGGUGAUCUCAAGGAUCCGGCGACAGCUAUUCCGAAAGGCACACUAUUAUCUUUGGUUAUAUCGAUAACCAGUUACUACGCCAUGGCCGUGCUUUCUGGUAUGGGUGCCCUGCGUGACGCUAGCGGUGACACGUCCAAUCUAACCGCAGCCGCCCUCGAAGCGUGCAAACCUAACUGCGAGUAUGGGCUUCAUAAUAACUAUCAGAUAAUGCAAUUAAUGGCGCUAUGGGGUCCUCUCAUCUACGCGGGUUGCUGGGCGGCCACGCUGUCCACCGCCCUGACCAACUUGUUGUCAGUGCCUCGGUUGAUACAAGCACUUGGGAUAGACCGGAUAUACCCUGGCCUUAUCUUCUUCUCCAAGCGUUACGGACGACACGGCGAGCCGUAUAGAGGAUACGUUCUUACGUUUUGCGUUUCCCUGUUGUUCUUGCUUAUUGCUGACUUGAAUACAAUAGCGCCUUUGAUUACCAACUUUUACUUGGCGUCUUAUGCGCUCAUUAAUUUCUGUACGUUUCACGCUGCAUUUGUCCAGCAUCUUAAUUGGCGACCUACAUUUCGGUUCUACAACAAAUGGUUAUCAUUCGCCGGCUUUAUAAUAUGCGCUAUGAUAAUGUUAAUCAUAAGUUGGAUUAUGGCUUUAACAACUAUCUUUAUAUUUAUGACCCUAUAUCUACUAGUCCUUUAUAGAAACCCAGACGCCAAUUGGGGCAGCAGUACUGAAGGGCAACGCUACCAACAAGCGAUUGCCUUCAUCAUGCAACUGAGUCAACACACGGGGUACAGCAAGACGUACAAUCCUCAGCUAUUAGUUUUAGCCGGAAAACCUUUUUUGAGACCGGCUCUCUUGGAUAUUGCCAAUCUGAUAACAAAAAUUGGUUCAUUCAUGGUUGUUGCUGACAUAGAUCAGAGUACUUUAAUGUACGAAGAACGCGUAGUUCGAACACGUAUUGCCGAAAAUUGGCUUCGUUCACGCAAAUAUCGUGCUUUCUACGUUCUAGUGCACGGUUAUAGUUUCGAACGAGGCGCCAUAGCGACCAUUCAAGCCGCCGGGCUGGGGAGACUCUCGCCUAACAUUCUUCUCCUUGGUUUUAAGGAGAAAUGGAGAAUUUCAAGUCAAAAAGAUAUUAACGCCUAUUUCAAAAUUAUUCAACAUGCGUUUCUACAACAAAUUGCCGUUGCUAUAUUUCGCACGCCCGGCACGGCACGCAAAAAAAGCAGUUCAACUCCAUCGUUUGCCACCGACACUGAUCAAGACGAGUCAAACAUGCAUUCAGAAGUUUUAACACUCAUGAAUUGUAACUCGGAUACUGAGGAGGACGACACGAGCCGAAGUGAAUGGACGGACAGCCAGGCUAAAGAUAUAACGAUAUCCUCGCUGUCGGCUGCGUCAGAUUUGAUAAGUGUAAACAGUUCUGUACAAGAGCCAAAAGUUACAUCCCCGAAUACCGUGUACCACAAACCAUUAACAUUUAGUCAAGAAAAUUCCAUAGAUGUGUGGUGGCUUUACGAUGACGGUGGCCUGAAUAUACUUCUGCCGUACAUUAUAGCACGGCGCGGUCGCAAGGAGAAGAUGCCGAUGCGAAUAUUUGCAUUUACUAAAGGACAACUAAAUGUACACGAAGCGAAAAAACAUAUGGAAGAGUUGCUUGCCAAAUUCCGUAUAGAAUAUUCUCGACUCACGCUAGUGCAGGGGAGUAGCGACCCGCCGAGUGAAGAUAGUUGGGCGUUAUGGAAUAGUAUAAUAAAAGAUUUUAAAACAACAGAAAACAGUGAAGUUCUUAUAUCGGAAGCUGAGCACGAAAGACAACUCAAGAAGAUCACCAGGUAUCUGCGUUUACGGGAGUUAUUGCUGCAAUAUUCAUACAAAGCGGACCUCAUCGUCAUCUCUCUACCCUUCCCAAGGAAGGACGCGGUGUCUGCGGCGCUGUACAUGGCGUGGCUGGAGGUGGUGAGCCAGAACCUGCCGCCCAUGCUGUUCGUCCGCGGCAACAACACCUACAUCAUGGCGGCGUAGCUUGCUAGCGAUGUCAAAUAAUUCUAAUAGGUUUGCAAUCAUUUUUGUAUUACCUCAAGUAUUUUAUAAUUGUAACAAAUAUAAAUAAGGUUUCAAUAAAACGAUCACAUAAUAUAUUA